ACGAUUAAUAUCCUGCGCGUUUGGACACAUGUUCCUUCCGCUUAUACUUAAUCCCUUCUUCCCUGACGACGCCCAGUCCAUUCUUUUCAACGACUUUUCAAGGCAGCCUUUAAUCGAUCGACGAAGCUCCUCUUUUCGUUGCCGGGCAAUCCAGCCGCCUCGUAUCUACUUUCUGAGAAUUAUACGCGCCAGAAACUGCUUCAAUUGCUUACAAAAUGAAUAUCUUCAGACUUUUAGCCGAUUUUUCCCAUUUGAUAUCCAUCCUAAUCCUCCUACAGAAAAUGAAGUCAUCGAACAGCUGCGCUGGACUUUCUUUCAAGUCACAAGUUCUGUAUUUGAUUGUGUUUAUAACGCGCUAUCUGGAUCUCUUGUGGACCUUCACGGAUUCUUUGUAUAAUACGGUUUUUAAAAUUCUCUUCCUCGCUUCCUCGGCCUAUACGAUUUACCUCAUGCUCAACGACUACAAGCCGACGCACGACCCGAACACCGAUACAUUCAAGGUUCAGUAUCUCCUCGGUUUUAGUGCCUUAUUAGCAGUAUUGUUCCCACAUGACUAUAGUGCUUCAGAAAUUCUAUGGACAUUUUCUAUCUGGCUUGAGUCCGUUGCAAUUCUGCCUCAGCUAUUCAUGUUACAGCGAACUGGUGAGGCAGACACUAUUACGACACACUACCUCUUCGCUUUGGGUCUUUAUCGAGCGCUAUAUAUUCCAAACUGGAUUUAUCGCUAUUUUGCUGAAGGUUUCUUCCGUGCUAUUCCAGUUUUAGCCGGAAUCAUUCAGACCGUCCUCUAUUCCGACUUCUUCUAUAUUUAUUACACCAAGAUUAUGAAGGGGAAGCGCUUUUCUCUUCCCGUAUGAUUUUCCACCAUUGUAUCAAUGACAAAAAGCCAUCUCUUCAUUCUAGAUGUAUUGCUAGAAAACUACCUUUAUUUACGGAAUUAGAUUAUCCUAGGGGGGCUCAUAUUUGAAAUAUGCUCUUCCAGUACACUUUUAAUAAUUAAAUUACAUUUGAAUGUC